UAACUAUAAAAUGUAUGAAUGUAAGAAAAACUAUAAAAUGUAUGCUUUAUAUUUUAAACGAUAUGUCAACAUUGCCAUCUAAAAAGGUAAAGAAGAAUUGUUUUUCUUCAACAAGUUAAGCAGAAAUAGUUGUUGGAACUAAAAGACUAGUCUAUCUAGCUAUCAUAGUUAUUUCACCUAUCGUAAUUAAAUUGAGCCUUAAUGAAAAUCUCUCUCUCUCUCUCUCUCUCUCUCUCUCUCUGAAGAGUGGCUUAUGUGUGUGUAUGUGUUUGCGUUUAUAAAAUGGCCUUACAAGAACCAACAAGAGAAAAACUUCUCAAUAAAACCAAAAUCUCUUUCUCAACUCCCAAAGAAAGAAGGAACAAUGAGCCUGAGGAACAAGAACGGCCCUAAGCUCGAGCUGAAGCUGAACCUCUCGCCACCUCCUUCUCAAGCCAACCUGAUGAGUCUAGUUCGUUCUCCAAGCCGAUCCAACACAACUUCACCAAGCUCAUGCGUUUCAUCUGAAACGUACCAGGAGGAGAUGGAGACAACAAUCUCAAUGCUACUUGUUGGUUGCCCUCGUUGCCUUAUGUACGUUAUGCUCUCUCAAGAUGACCCAAAAUGUCCAAAAUGCAAAAGCACCGUCCUACUAGAUUUCCUCCACCAAGAUGUCUCCGCCGCUACAACCGCUCCUGCCGACAUCACGAAACGCAAUAAGACCUGGUGGAACUUUUUUGUUUAAUGAAACCCUUUUCGGAACGUAAACCUAUAGACUAGCUGAUCCAACCGUACUAGUUUCUAUAUUUUUCUUUUGCUUCUUCUCGUGGUUGUUUUGCCUUAGAGUAGUGCUAAUCACGCUCCACAUUUAGACUAAACAUGAAGUGGAGCGGGAGUAGCACUAACUUUGCUUUUAAUGCAAUAUGAAAUUAUUAGAGCAAAUGAUGUUCAGUAUGAGAAACAUUUGCACUGUGUCUCUAUGUGCUUCUCAACCUUUGCACCUUUGAGAUUUGAAAGACUUAUUUCCUCUA